UGCUGGUGGCGGCUGCUGCGGAGUCUGUGGGACGGAGACGGUGGAAGUGCCAUCUUCGGCUCGGUUGGCCCAGACUGCGGCUCAUGGCAUUGAGUGGCAUCCGUCGUCAGAUCAUUAACUGAAGACGAAAUAAACAACUAUGCAAAAUUCUCACAUGGAUGAGUACAGAAAUUCUAGUAAUGGCAGCACAGGCAACAGUUCAGAGGUAGUGGUAGAACAGUCUGCUGAUUUCAGUACUGAGAUUAUGAAUGUUACGGAAAUGGAACAGUCCCCUGAUGGAUCUCCUAAUGUGAAUGCAACUACAGAAGAAAAUGAAAUAACAAAUGCUGUGGACCUUCCAGUGACAGAAACGGAAGCAAAUUUCCCUCCAGAAUAUGAAAAAUUCUGGAAAACUGUAGAAAACAAUCCUCAGGAUUUUACAGGCUGGGUAUAUUUGCUUCAGUAUGUAGAACAGGAGAAUCACUUGAUGGCUGCCAGGAAAGCAUUUGACAAAUUUUUCAUACACUAUCCGUAUUGCUAUGGUUACUGGAAAAAGUAUGCAGACCUUGAAAAGCGGCAUGACAACAUUAAACAAUCAGAUGAGGUGUAUCGUCGGGGGCUUCAGGCAAUACCUCUUAGUGUUGACCUAUGGAUACAUUAUAUAAACUUCUUAAAAGAAACAUUGGACCCUGGUGAAUCUGAGACAAAUAGUACAAUAAGAGGAACUUUCGAGCAUGCGGUUCUAGCUGCAGGAACAGAUUUCCGAUCUGACAGACUGUGGGAAAUGUAUAUAAACUGGGAAAAUGAACAGGGAAACCUGAGAGAAGUUACAGCUAUAUAUGAUCGUAUUCUUGGUAUUCCAACACAGCUGUAUAGCCACCAUUUUCAGAGAUUUAAAGAACAUGUACAGAAUAACUUGCCUAGAGAUCUGCUAACUGGUGAACAGUUUAUUCAGCUGCGAAGGGAAUUAGCUUCUGUAAACGGACAUAGUGGUGAUGAUGGUCCUCCUGGUGAUGAUCUACCGUCGGGAAUUGAAGACAUUACUGAUCCAGCAAAGCUAAUUACGGAAAUAGAAAACAUGAGACAUAGAAUCAUUGAAAUUCAUCAAGAAAUGUUUAAUUAUAAUGAGCAUGAAGUUAGUAAAAGGUGGACAUUUGAAGAAGGUAUUAAAAGACCUUAUUUUCAUGUGAAACCAUUGGAAAAGGCACAACUAAAAAACUGGAAAGAAUACUUAGAAUUUGAAAUUGAAAAUGGGACUCAUGAACGAGUUGUGGUUCUCUUUGAAAGAUGUGUCAUAUCAUGUGCCCUCUAUGAGGAGUUUUGGAUUAAGUAUGCCAAGUACAUGGAAAACCAUAGCAUUGAAGGAGUGAGGCAUGUCUUCAGCAGAGCUUGCACUAUUCAUCUCCCAAAGAAACCCAUGGUGCAUAUGCUUUGGGCAGCUUUUGAGGAACAGCAGGGUAAUAUUAACGAAGCCAGGAAUAUCUUGAGAACAUUUGAAGAAUGUGUUCUAGGAUUGGCAAUGGUUCGUUUGAGAAGAGUAAGUUUAGAACGACGGCACGGAAAUAUGGAAGAAGCUGAACAUUUGCUUCAGGAUGCCAUUAAGAAUGCCAAAUCAAAUAAUGAAUCAUCGUUUUAUGCUAUCAAACUAGCCCGGCAUCUUUUCAAAAUACAAAAAAACCUUCCAAAAUCAAGAAAGGUGCUUUUGGAAGCAAUCGAAAGAGACAAAGAGAAUACAAAGUUAUACCUCAAUUUACUUGAAAUGGAAUAUAGUGGUGACCUCAAACAAAAUGAAGAAAAUAUCCUAAAUUGUUUUGACAAAGCUAUACAUGGUUCAUUACCUAUUAAAAUGAGAAUUACAUUUUCUCAGAGAAAAGUGGAAUUUCUUGAAGAUUUUGGUUCAGAUGUUAAUAAGCUUUUGAAUGCUUAUGAUGAACAUCAAACACUCCUAAAAGAACAGGAUUCUUUAAAAAGGAAAGCAGAAAAUGGAUCAGAAGAACCAGAGGAAAAGAAAGCCCACACAGAAGAUACAACUUCAUCAUCUACACAGAUGAUUGAUGGUGAUUUACAGGCAAAUCAAGCUGCAUAUAAUUAUAGUGCCUGGUAUCAAUACAAUUAUCAGAAUCCUUGGAAUUAUGGACAGUAUUACCCUCCUCCUCCAACCUGAUGAGAAAAUAUAUCAGAUGGAAUGUGUGAAAAAUACGAAAUUAUUUUUUUUUAAUGAGGGAUGUAAACAUAGCGUAAACUUGUAUUUGAUAACUUGUCUUCCUGUUUCUGUGUAACAUGAUUUCUUUAGUAAUAGGGGAAAAUGUCACUUAGUAGCUUACCACAGAUACUAUUUCCUACCAUUUAUAAAAUUUACUUUUUAUUGGAGAACUAUUUUUUUGAUUUUUGCAUUAAGUGGUCUAGAAUUCUUUUGCAAUGCAUUUGCAACAGAGUUUUGUAGCCUUAAGGGGUAGGAAAAAAAAAAACUGACUGCAAAUCAUGUCAGUGUAGUACAAGAUCUGAAAAUACAUAAGGGCUGGUUAUUAAGGAUUUACCUCUGUAAAAAAAAUGGAUUUUUAACCUUUGAUGAUAAGGUUUUGUCUGUUUCAGUUAUCCUUGUGAAUUUGGAUUUAACUGCAGAAAAGAUAUACUAUUAAACACUGUGUCUUGGGAUAGAGAUUAUAAAUGAAAAAAAAUGGAAUGUUUGCAUCCCUUUUAAAAAAUGAAAAUCAUAUCAAAAGUAUGUUGUUUCAGGAGACUUUGUAUUUAGAAUAUUCAUGUAAAACUUGUGAGCAAGCUUUCAUUUUGAUCAAACUGAUCAUCCUCAUUUUUGUAAUAAAACUGAAGAAGACUCC